AUGACCACGACACCUUCAAAACCAUUGACCAUCCCCGUUCUCCUCCUCAAGACUCGGUCUCAACCACAAGACGCUUACGAGGAGUACUUCUCCACACACUCGGAGGGCCCGAGUCUCGUAUUCCUCCCUCAAUUCGUCCCUGUCCUGGAACAUCGACCUAAUGUCAGAAACUUGGAGGUGUUGGAGCUGUCGUUGAAAGGCGGGACGCUGAGGAAGAAAUAUGGCGGAAUGAUCUUCACGAGCCAGAGAGCAGUGGAGGCGUGGGCUGACGUGGUGAAGAAGGUGGAACGAGAUUCUGACGGCGUGGGGACUGGUGUGAAACCCGCAGCUGAGAAUAUAACAAACACCGAAGAGGCGAACAAGGAUGUCCCGAGUCCUCUGAAUAACCUAGUCGACGACGACUCUGCAUUCCCCCUCUAUACUGUUGGGCCGGCGACCUCUCGAGCCCUGAAUACAUUGGUCGCUCAGUCUUUGUCCCACACAUCAUCACCAUUUGCUCGCCUUCGACCAUCUGUUCUAGGAGAGCACACAGCAAACGGCGAAAAUCUCGCACGGUACAUCCUGUCGCAUUACAACGAGAUGCAGUCGCAGACACUCUGCGCAUUCUCCGACGCGCCAAGGUUACCACUUGCACCGGUCCUCGGGCCUUCCCAGGGACAGCGAGGGAACAGCAACGACGCCCGACUCCAGAAAAAGGGCCUUUUGUUCCUCGUCGGUGAGCAGAGACGAGACAUCAUCCCCAAGACGUUGAUGGAUACGGAAGGUAAGCUUGAACCCCAGCAGCGAAUCUCGGUAGACGAGGUUGAAGUCUACCUCACGGAUAUCAUGGAGUCGUUCCAAGACGAUUUUCGCGCGCGAAUUACCUCGGCGAGAAAUGACGGCUGCCGACUGGUGGUCGUGGUCGUCUUUAGUCCGCAAGGCUGCGAGUCGAUGCUCCGCUCGCUAAAUUAUCUCAACGAAGCCAAUGUCUCGACCGAGCAAGCGAGGAAUCGCUGGAGAAGUACGGAGGAUGAGUCCCCUCCUUCUCGAGACAAGAACGACCGGACUUACGUGAUUGUCACUAUCGGUCCUACAACUAGAGACCAUCUCAAGAAUAAAUACGGCUUCGACGCGGAUGUCUGCGCGGCCAAACCAAGUCCACAAGGCGUGGGCGACGGGCUCAGGGAAUUCCUUUCAAAGAAAGGCUUUCUCUAG